CAAGUAAAAAUACCUGCAAAAUGAGAAUCAAAACGAGAGAAUUCAAUAUUUAUGGCAUGAUCGCCAUGAAAUAUCGAUGUUAUUUCAGUAGAGUGCAUACUGACCUUCUAGCAGGUUAAAUAUCGACUAUCCCAAAAAUAACAACGUAUAAAAUACAUUCGAAUGGGCACAAUCGCUUCUAUCGAGCAAUGGACCUGCCAAAAAUGUACUUUACUCAACUCAGGAAUAAGCAGAAGUUGCCAGGCUUGCGGGGCUGUGAGAAGAUCAACGAAAACUUGGAUUUGCCGUAUUUGCCAACAUGAAAACCCAGUCAGUAUCGUAUUGUGCAACGAGUGUGGCUACGAGAAACCUAAUAAUCAGUCUCCAUCGAGAACAAAAACAAAACAAUGGAGUUGUUCGAAAUGCACUUUGGUGAAUCCAGCAUCAACGACCAAGUGUUCUGCUUGUGGAAAUGUGGAACAAAUAGAAAUAAUCGAUUCCUCUGAGGAAAAGCCCGUUAGCACAACAUCAAAGGCAGAUCGUCUCUACCCUAAUUUAGAACUCGAGAUACAAAAAGUUGAGGUUGAUCCUGAAAUUAUAGAUCAGAGUCCUGAAGUUGUGCUGAAAUGCCCAAAAUGUCAGACUUUACUUUAUGACAAUGUUAGUUUAUUUUGCACUGUCUGUGGUAGCCGUUGUACUGACGAUGGGUUUAAACCAAGACCUUUCCCGUCGUCAUCUGUACCAUCGUCACCUGAGUCCUCAAGUGCACCUCUGCCAGGAACCUGGAAUUGUCCUGGGUGUACUUAUGCCAAUCAGGAUGCUGUGGUGUCUUGUGAGGUGUGUGGAUCAAAAAGAGAUGGGGGAUCAGAUGAAGCGCCUUUACUGGCUGCAAGGGGGGCAGCUCCAACCAAAGUCAUUGAGCCAGUUGGCAUUGCAUCCACAUCUGGGACAUCAAGUCUCCCUGAGGGUUGGAACUGCUCGCUGUGUACUUUCCAUAACUCUCAGACUGCUCUUUGCUGUGGUGCAUGUGGAAAGAGGAAAGAGGAUGAGGAAAAUACUUCAAGUCAAGGGUCAAGUGAUCUAGACACCAGUACUGGAUCACCAUUUAGUAUGAGUCCAACCAGAGCACUUCAGAGGCAAGCAAGUGUGUCGGUGGAAACCAGGCGUAAACGUGAUGAAACACAUGCAAGGGAUCAACUCUCAAGGAUUGUGGAUUACUGCAAAACACAAGAAAUUCAGUUUGUAGAUGACUCUUUUCCUCCUGUGCUCAAGUCCCUUUACAUCAAUCCUCGUCAUUCUGAACAUCCACGAGUCGCAGACUGGCUUCGACCUAAUGAGAUUGACAACUUUUCAACCUGCCGAACCAAUAUUCCUUGGGCUGUGUUCAGAAACCCAAGACCAUCUGACAUCAUACAAGGUGUUCUAGGGGAUUGCUGGUUCCUUAGUUCUCUGGCUGUGCUUGCUGAAAGACCUGAACUGUUGGAGAAGAUUCUUAUAACGAGAGAGGUAUCCCCUCAAGGUGCAUAUCAGGUACGCUUAUGCAAAGAUGGGAAGUGGACUGUCAUUUUGAUUGACGACCUGUUGCCAUGCAACCAGCGUGGUCAGCCUGUGUAUUCAUGGGCUCAUCGCCGACAGCUGUGGGUUCCUUUGAUAGAAAAGGCGAUGGCAAAGCUGCAUGGCUCUUAUGAGGCAUUGACUGCUGGGCGUUCAAUAGAAGGCCUGGCUACACUUACCGGGGCUCCCUGUGAAAGCAUCGCACUGCAUGAAAGUCAGAAUAACUCUGGCAACACCGAACCGAUCGACAAAGAUUUGAUAUGGGCUCAACUCAUCAGCUCAAGAACUGCAGGGUUCCUAAUGGGCGCGUCAUGUGGUGGGGACACUCAGCCAGAGGAAGAGCCUGGUUACAAUGCUGUAGGUUUGCAAACUCAUCAUGCGUACUCCGUGCUGGACGUCAGGGACGUGCAUGGAAUCAGGCUUCUAAGGUUAAGGAAUCCCUGGGGCCAGUAUUCCUGGACCGGUGACUGGUCAGAUGCCUCGUCUCUCUGGACACCCGAGUUGCGACACGAGCUGAUGGUACAUGGCGCACAGGAAGGGGUGUUCUGGAUGUCCCUGGAGGACUUCAUGAAAUAUUUCGACAGUGUAGACGUUUGUAAGAUUCGUGAUAGUUGGGCUGACGUCAGGGUGACUGGGUGCUUCCCGCCAUUCGCUGCGGGCCCUGCUAAGGUUGCCAUGGUGACGGUGUUUUCCCCGACAGAGUUGGACCUUUGUUUGUUCCAGACAGGCAUAAGAGGAACUGCGGAAGGAGUACAUUCCCCACUGGACCUUUCUAUCGUUGUUUGUCGCUCGACGGGCAGCAACACCUCACCCCAGGCUGUCUCGUUUGUUAUGACAAGCAAGCGUCAGGUCAAGUCAAGCGUCAUGUGCAGUGGAAUGUUGGAGGAAGGGACCUACCUGAUAGUCACUUCAGCGUUCAAUCACUGGCAGUCGGGGAGUAGCGAUCAGCAUCUAACAGAUGCUCUGAUUGGGCAAGAAGAUGUGUUCCCUAGCUACGUGCUCGCCAUCCACAGCUCGAGGGCGGUGCUUGUGGAGCAGGUGCCAAUGCCUCAGUUCUGCCUGGCUGACACCAUGCUGGGUCUAGUGUCCAAGUGCGGUAAACGACACGAGGGCAUCCCGGGAGUCACGUGUUACUACAUGGCGCAAGGUAUGGCGGGGCUGGUGGUAGUAGCUGAGAAUCGUCGUCCAGACAGCCAUCUCAUGAUUGACUGUGAUUGUACCGAGAGCUUUAAUGUCGUUUCCACACGGGGAUCGUUAGUCGUGGCGGACUGUGUACCUCCUCUUCACAGGCAGGUCCUUGUUGUGCUCACGCAGUUGGAAGGAACUGACGGGUUCGCUGUGUCUCACAAGCUCAGCUUCCGCAUACAGCCUCAGAACGGAUACGGCUCCUACGGCGCUCAUCACCAACCCCCACUCGCGCAGCAAGCCAUGGGGCUGCACGGCGCAAGACCACUCUGACGUCACAUGCCACGUGAUGCGAUCUUACUCGCUCAGCAAGCCAUGGGGCUAAACGUCGCAAGACCACUCUGACGCCACAUGCCACGUGAUGCGAUCUUACUCGCUCAGCAAGCCAUGGGGCUAAACGUCGCAAAACCACUCUAACGUCACAUGUUGUCAUGUGAUGCGAUUUUACUCCCUCGGCCACUGCGGAAGACCGUUAUGACGUCACAUGCUAAGUGGUGUGAUUUCACUUUAGUCAUGGGACUUGUGGCGCUAGCCGAACCGUUUUGUGUUCUCGUUAUUGUUGAUUAGUUGUUUCUAAGCGAGACAAGGUUUUAAAGAUUUCUUUCAUGAUUUUUGUCAUCGUGAGAAAAUGAUAAAACAAUCAACCAAUAAAUCGCAAAGAUGA